AUGAUGCGACCAAUUGUUCAAAGGGUCAAUGCCCCUUCAUUGCGGCCCGUACAGAGCUGGACACGCCGCUCCUAUGCUUUCCAGGCCGCCGGAGCGCCUGUCUUCGAGGUCUUCAACCGCCGCACUAAGUGGCUGCAGAAGGAGCGGGCCGCUGCAGACCCGGAACUCAGUCGGCAAGCAGACUACUUGAAAGACGAAGUCGCUGCCAGGCUAUGCGAGAGGCUUCUGGAUAUCAAACGAAGCUUUCCGAGGGCCUUGGAUAUAGGAGCCAAUUCAUGCAACAUCGCCCGAGCUUUAACGAUGGAGAAUCCUGAUCCGGACCCAUCGACGCCAGUGUCAGAACCUCUUGCGAGCCGAAUCUCGACUCUGUUGGCCGCAGACUCUUCUGAGUCGCUCCUUUACAGAGAUGCCGACCUCCCCUUCAACAACGACAUCGCUAUUACACGGCAAGUGCUGAACGACGAGGAGACCAUUCCUUAUGAGGCGAAUUCCUUCGACCUCGUCCUUAGCAGCAUGAGUCUGCACUGGAUCAACGACCUGCCAGGCGUCCUUGCCCAGAUCAACAACAUUCUGAAGCCCGACUGCCCGUUCAUGGGCGCCAUGCUGGGCGGAGAUACCCUUUUCGAGCUCCGGACAUCAUUACAGCUGGCCGAGCAAGACCGGCGAGGCGGCAUCUCGCCUCGCGUCUCGCCACUGGCGGAUACUAGAGACAUUGGAGGUCUGAUGCAAAAGGCUGGCUUUAAAAUGCUGACGGUCGAUGUCGAUGACAUCAUUGUCGACUUCCCCAACGUCUUCGCCCUCAUGGAGGACCUCCAAGCCAUGGGCGAGAACAAUGCCAUCAUCGGUCGGGAGAUGGGCCCUAUCAGCCGCGACGUCCUCCUUGCGACGGAUGCAAUUUACCGAGAACUUCACGGAAAUGAAGACGGGACCAUUCCAGCAACGUUUCGGAUCAUUUAUAUGAUGGGCUGGCACGAGUCGGCUGAUCAAGCGAAGCCGUUGCCACGCGGCAGUGGACAGAUCAAUCUGAAGGACAUUCUAGAGCAGAAGUAG